ACAUGAGUCAACGUGCGGAGGACUCUCUCUCUCUCUCUCUCUCUCCAUCAUUUAUGAUCGCUCUUUCUCUCCGCUGCUCAUUUGCUCCGCGUCUUCAAUCACUCCUUCCGUUCUCAACCACAAAUCUGCGGCGUUCAGUCCAGUCAAGCAGCAUGAAUUGAACGCUUCUAAAUGACCAUCCGAGCGCGUAAAGCGUUUCCAUUCACCACAACUGUUCGGCUGUCAUCCAGCGCGCUCCGCUUGGGCUUCUUCCCGGAGAAGAAAGAGAGAGACUCUUGAUUUUCCCCCCGCAGCUUUGGGUGUAAAUGUUGAAGCUUGAAUGGCUGGAGCUCAACCUGGCGUUCAUGCGCUUCAACUCAAGCCGGUGUGCGUGUCCGAGAGUCUGAAGCGAGGCAGUAGAUUUAUGAAAUGGGAUGAGGAUUCGUCUACGGUGACUCCAGUGACGUUGCGCGUCGAUCCGCAGGGAUACUUCCUGUACUGGACAGAUCAGAAUAAGGAAACAGAUCUAUUGGACAUCACCUACAUCAAAGAUGCAAGAACGGGGAAAUGCACCAAAACGCCAAAGGAGGCGAAGCUGCGGGAGCUGCUGGAUGUGGGGAAUCUGGUGGGCCGGAUAGAGAACCGGAUGCUGACGGUGGUGACGGGGCCAGACAUGGUCAACAUCCAGUACCUGAACUUCAUGGCCUUCCAAGAAGAUGUCGCCAAGGAGUGGGCAGAUGAGCUCUUCAGUCUGGCGUCUAACCUGCUCGCUCAGAACAUGGGCCGAGAGUCCUGUCUGGAGAAAGCCUUCACGAGACUCAAGCUGCAGACGAAUCAGGAGGGUCGAAUCCCAGUGAAAAACAUCUUCCGCAUGUUCUCGACUGACCGGAAGCGCGUGGAGACGGCGCUGGAGAGCUGCAAUCUUCCGUCCGGCCGGAACGACUCCAUCCCUUUGGAGGAUUUGACGCCUGAUGUUUACAAAUCGUUCAUCAACAACCUCUGCCCACGAUCUGAGAUCAACCAAAUAUUUGCUGAUCUCGGCGCGAAGAACAGAAACUAUCUGACGGUGGAUCAGAUGACAGAAUUCAUCAACAGCAAGCAGCGAGACCCGCGUCUGAACGAGAUCCUGUACCCACCGCUCAAACCUGAGCAAACCCAGCUGCUCAUAGAGAAGUUCGAGCCCAACGCAGCGGGGAUUCAGAACGGGCAGAUCUCAGUGGAGGGCUUCGCCAGGUAUCUGAUCAGUGAGGAGAACAGCGUCAUUCCACCAGAAAAACUGGACCAGAGUGAAGACAUGACCUUCCCUCUCUCUCAGUACUUCAUCAACUCGUCCCACAACACCUACCUCACAGCUGGGCAGCUCGCGGGGAACUCCUCUGUUGAGAUGUACCGGCAGACGCUGCUGUCUGGCUGUCGCUGUGUGGAGCUGGACUGCUGGAAGGGCCGGACGGCGGAGGAGGAACCCGUCAUCACACACGGCUUCACCAUGACCUCAGAAAUCUCCUUCAAGGAAGUGAUCGAAGCCAUAGCAGAGUGCGCUUUUAAGACGUCUCCGUUCCCCGUCAUCCUGUCCUUUGAGAAUCAUGUGGACUCCCCCAAACAGCAAGCCAAAAUGGCAGAAUAUUGCCGAUCGAUAUUCGGGGACGCUCUUUUGACUGAGACUCUGGAGAAAUAUCCUCUUGAGUCCGGCGUUCCUCUGCCAAGCCCUCAUGAGCUCGUGGGAAAGAUCCUCAUCAAGAACAAGAAAUCUCACCCCAAACCCUCAGACGGCAGCACUAAGAAGAAGCUGUCCGAGCAGGCGUCCAACACCAACAGCGACUCGUCCAGCGUCUUUGAGCCGUCGUCUCCCAGCACUGGACCCGCAGCUUUAGCGUCUGCAGAGGUGGAGGCUGAGGAUGAUGAGGAUGAAGAUGAUGAUGAUGAUGACUGUAAGAAGUCCAUGGACGAGGGUACAGCAGGAUCUGAAGCCUUUGCCACUGAAGAAAUGUCCACGCUGGUCAACUACAUCCAGCCCACCAAGUUCCACUCGUUUGAGAUUUCCAAGAAGAGCAAACGCAGUUAUCAGAUGUCAUCGUUCGUGGAGACCAAAGCGCUGGAGCAUCUCACCAAGACACCGGUGGAGUUUGUCGAAUACAACAAGUUUCAGCUGAGCAGGAUUUAUCCUAAAGGAACGCGCGUGGAUUCCUCCAACUACAUGCCGCAGGUCUUCUGGAACGCCGGCUGUCAGCUCAUAGCACUCAACUUUCAGACCAUCGAUCUGUCCAUGCAGCUGAACCUCGGCAUGUACGAGUACAACGGCAAGAGCGGCUACAGACUCAAACCAGAGUUCAUGAGACGACCGGACAAGCACUUCGACCCCUUCACAGAAAGCACUGUGGACGGCAUCGUAGCCAACACCUUAUCAGUGAAGAUCAUAUCAGGACAGUUUCUGACUGACAAGAAGGUGGGUGUUUAUAUGGAGAUUGACAUGUUUGGACUCCCCGUCGACACCAGACGAAAAGCUUUCAAGACAAAGACGUCCCAGAGCAAUGCCAUCAACCCUGUGUGGGACGAGGAGCCCAGCGUCUUUAAAAAAGUGGUUUUGCCCACGCUGGCAUCCCUCAGGAUAGCCGUGUAUGAAGAGGGCGGCAAGUUCAUCGGCCAUCGCAUCAUCCCCGUCUCAGCCAUUCGUCCGGGUUAUCGUUACAUCGGAUUGAGAAAUGAAAAGAAUCAAGCGCUGACUCUUCCUGCUAUAUUUGUGUAUAUCGAGGUGAAAGACUAUGUUCCUGAUACAUUCGCCGAUGUCAUCGAAGCGCUGUCCAACCCCAUCAGAUACGUCAACCUGAUGGAGCAGAGAUCCAAACAGCUGGCGGCGCUCACUCUAGAGGAGGGAGAAGAGGAGAAAGACACCAAAGAGGUGGAUCCUGGUGUUGAAAACCCUUCGGAGGUUAAAAGCGAACCCAAACCCGUCCCGGUUGAGAACGGCCUGAGUCACGCGCCCAGCGCCGCUCCGAAACCCGCGUCCCAGAUCAGCCCACAGCCGCAGUCCACAGGCUCAACCAAACCAGCGGCAAAGACUGAAGAUCUGAUUCAGAGCGUCCUCACCGAGAUGGAGGCGCAAACCGUCGAGGAGCUCAAACAGCAGAAGGGCUUCGUCCGAGAGCAGAGACGACAUUAUAAAGAGAUGAAGGACCUGGUGAAGAAACACCACAAGAAGACCACCGAGAUGAUCAAGGAGCACACGGCCAAAUACAACGAGUUCCAGCACGACUACCUGCGCAAACGAGCCGUCCUGCUGAAGUCUGCCAAACGAGACGGUAAGAAGAGGUGUUUGUCGUCCAAUCCUGAACACGGAGCCUCGUUCUUCGAGCAGGAGCUGGCCAAUCUGGAUCAGGACAGCGGACAGAAACUCUCUGAACUCAAAGAACAGCAGCAGCAGCAGCUCCUCAAUCUGCGUCAGGAGCAGUAUUACAGCGAGAAAUAUCUGAAGAAAGAGCACAUCAAACAGGUGAUCGAGAAGCUGACGGCCAUCGCUGAGGAGAGUCAGAGCAACCAAAUGAAGAAAAUCAAGGAGCUGUGUGAGAAAGAAAAGAAAGAGCUGAAAAAGAAAAUGGACAAGAAGAGACAAGAGAAGAUCAGUGAAGCCAAAUCCAAGGAGAAACACCUGACCGAAGAGGAGAAGCUGGAGAUCAACAGGUCGUAUGUGAACGAGGUGGUGCAGCACAUCAAGAGGCUGGAAGACGCUCAGACUAAAAGACACGAGAAGCUGGUAGAAACUCAUAAGAGCAUCCUGCAACAGAUAUUAGACGAGAAACCCAAGCUCCAGAACGACCUGGAUCAGGAAUACCAGGACAAAUUCCGGCGGCUUCCUCUGGAGAUCCAGGAGUUUGUGCAGGAAAGCACCAAGAGAAAGACUGAGGACGGAGAGCAGGAGGUUCUUCCCUCUUCCUCCUCCACGCUGGAGAAACUCAUGCAGAAGGGAGCACAGUCUGAAGACGACACAGAGGAGGAGAAGAAAGACUGAUGUCAGAAACCUUCAGGAUCUCUUCCCACUUCACUUUUACGUUCCUUCAUUUCCAAACUAGAGAUUUGUAAGGCUUGCGUUUACUCCAGCAGACGAAGGAGGGUUUGUGUCGCAUCAGAAACAUGGCUUCAUGUCACGCUGGGAGAUUUACAUCUGAAUUAUUUCUAGUGUUCUGU